AUGGCCAGUUACUUGGAGAAACUCUUCUCACUUGAAGGCCACCUCGCCGUUGUCACUGGGGGUACCCGUGGUAUCGGCCAGGCUAUGGCCCUCGCCCUUGCUCGCGCCGGAUCAGACAUCAUCCUUGUCCAAAGAAACGAGAGCAAUCUUGAAACAAAGAGCCUUAUCGAAUCGCUUGGCCGCAAGGCCAUUAUCUAUACCGCUGAUCUUGCUGAUCAAGAGAGCGUGUCCGCUUUGACAAAGAAGAUCCUUCAGGAUGGUCAUGAUGUUGAUAUUCUAAUCACAUGUGCUGGCAUCCAAAGACGACAUCCUGCUCACGAAUUCCCUAUGAAUGAUUGGGAUGAGGUGCUGCAAGUCAACCUUAGGACUGUUUGGACGCUCUGCCGUGACUUUGGUGCCCAUAUGCGUAACCGAGCACCAGAUGCCACCGGCAGGCGGGGAGCUAUUAUUAACGUAGCGAGUCUUGUCUCCUUCCAGGGCGGUCUCAACGUUCCAGCCUAUGCCGCUGCAAAGGGUGGCGUGGCGCAAUUGACAAAAUCUCUCAGCAAUCAGUGGGCUGCUGACGGCAUUAAUGUCAAUGCCAUUGCACCAGGUUAUAUUGCUACGGACAUGAAUGAGGCGCUGAUCAAUGACGAGAAGCGUGCUGCAAGUAUCUUGGAGCGCAUUCCCACCGGUCGAUGGGGCUCUCCACAGGAUUUUGAGGGGGCCACUGUGUUUCUAGCAGGAGCUGGAUGUAGGUACGUCAGUGGUGAAAUCCUCACCGUUGAUGGUGGUUGGAUGGGUCGAUAA